AUGGCAUACACACAUUCGCCAAAAGAACCCAUCGCUAUCAUUGGUAGCGGAUGUCGGUUCCCGGGGGACUCAACCUCCCCAUCAAAGUUCUGGGAGUUGCUGCACUCGCCGCGAGAUCUAUCGAAGAAGAUUCCUUCAGAAUCACGAUUUAACGCCGACGGAUUCUACCACCCCAAUGGCGAGCGCCACGGGAGCAGCAAUGUCACCAAGUCUUAUUUCAUCGAAGAGGACCCACGACUUUUUGACGCCGGAUUCUUCAGCAUUGCCCCCCGUGAGGCCGAGGCGAUUGACCCGCAGCAACGGCUCCUGCUCGAGACUGUCUAUGAAGCGAUGGAAAAUGCAGGACUCACCCUACAAGGGCUCAAAGGCAGCAUGACCUCCGCCUAUGUCGGCGCGAUGUCAGCAGACUAUACGGAUACCCAAACACGGGAUAUUGAGAAUUUGUCCCAGUACAUGAUCACAGGAACGUCACGCGCAUUGCUCUCGAAUCGCUUAUUGUACUUCUUUGAUUGGCAUGGCCCAUCCAUUUCGGUCGACACGGCAUGCUCGUCUAGUUUAGCCGCGGUCCAUCUCGGUGUUCAAAGUUUACGAAAUGGCGAGUGUACAGCUUCUUGUGUGGCAGGGUCUAACUUAAUUUUGGGACCGGAUGCAUAUCUUGCGUCCACGAGUCUCCAUUUGCUCUCGGCCACCGGAAAGUCUCAGAUGUGGGACCAAGGCGCAGACGGAUAUGCCCGAGGUGAAGGCAUUUGUGCUUUCUUUAUGAAGACACUCUUUCAGGCUCUUCAGGAUGGAGACCGGAUUGAUGCAAUCAUUCGAGAGACCUGCGUCAAUUCGGAUGGCCGUACGAAAGGUAUUGCGCUACCAAGUGCGGAGGCACAGGCCGCGUUGAUUAGCGCUGCCUAUAAGAAUGCGGGACUAGACAUCUUGAGAGCCGAGGAUAGGCCUCAAUACAUUGAGGCACACGGAACUGGCACCCAGGCUGGAGAUCCUAGAGAGGCGUCUGCUCUCAGCCAAACGUUUUUCCCACCUGGCCACAACCAUGAUGAGAGACCUUCUCUGGUUGUAGGGUCCGCGAAGACAAUCAUUGGACACACAGAAGGAACUGCCGGUAUUGCGGGAAUGUUGAAGACAUUACUUGCGAUGCAACACAAGACAAUUCCGCCCAACCAGCAUCUUCAUAACCUGAAUCCGAGCGCGAAGCCUUUUUAUAAGAAGCUGCAAAUACCCACCACUCCGCAGGAAUGGCCCCAAGUCCCUCAAAACCAGCCGCUUCGGGCGAGUGUCAACGGUUUCGGCUCCGGCGGCACCAACUGCCACGCGAUCAUGGAAAGUUACGUUCCAGAAGUUCAUGGCCAUGGUCCAUGGGGAAGACCAAAGGCGAUCUUUGAGUUCCAGCCUUCCGUUGCAACGGAUAUUGAUUUCACCCCGACCCCUCUUGGUUUCUCAGCCAGUUCCGAAUCGUCUCUGGUCGCAAUGCUGGAGAAAUAUGCGCACUACCUGAAGACUACCGAUGUGUCUAUUCAACGUCUGGCGAUGGCCCUAAGCUUGCAUCGUUCAACCCUUCCAGUGCGAGUUGCCAUCACAGGGUGCUCGAAGCAAGACGUACUAGAAGCGAUCAACAAACAGCUGGCGAAAGUCCGCGAGAACCCUGGUACAGCCAUAGGCACCCGGCCCCCCGUCAUAGAAUUCGAUGAGAACAGACGGCCCCGGAUUCUAGGUGUGUUUACGGGACAGGGGGCACAAUGGCCGGGUAUGGGUCAGGCUUUAAUGAAACGAUGUGCCUUGUUCAGAGAAACAAUAGAGGUCAUGGAGCAGGCACUGGCACAGCUUCCCGAUCCACCGAAGUGGUCUCUCAAAGAAGAACUAAUGGCACCACCCGGCAAGUCUCGUCUAAGCAAAGCCGAACUAUCCCUUCCUAUCUGUGCAGCGGUUCAGGUAGGGCUUGUUAGUUUGCUCUCUCAAGCAGGCAUCACAUUUCACACCGUGGUUGGCCAUUCGGGUGGUGAAAUUGGUGCUGCGUAUGCUGUCGGGAAGAUCUCUGCGGAGGACGCGGUGAAGAUUGCUUAUUACCGCGGCAUCGUCUGCAAACUAGCCAAUGGGCCAUAUGGAGAUCGGGGAGCAAUGAUUGCUGUCGGAUUCGGUUAUGAGGAGGGGCUCAAUUUCUGUUCAUCUGCUCAGAUGAAGGGCCGUUUAACCGUAGCCGCUAGUAAUUCGCCCAAGAGCGUGACACUUUCUGGCGAUGAGGACGCGGUCCUUAAGGCCAAGCAAAUGCUCGAUAAUGAAGGCCUGUUUAAUCGUGUGCUCAAGGUAGACACCGCCUACCAUUCAUCUCACAUGUUGCCGUGUGCCGAGCCCUAUACUGCUCAACUCAAAACCUGCAACAUCCAGGUAGGAAAGGGCAAUGGUGUCACUGCCUGGGUAUCAAGCGUCUAUGAGGACAGCAGAACAAUUACUGAUGUACAGGAUCCCGAUAUGCGGGGAGCAUACUGGACAGAUAAUCUGAUUGGACGAGUUCUGUUUUCCCAGGCACUUGAGGCCGCGGUCGAUGAUGGUAGAGGAGCCCUGGAUCUCAUCCUUGAGGUUGGACCACACCCAGCCUUGAGAGGGCCGACACUGGAGACGAUGAGGACCAAGCUUGGCUACGAAGUCCCUUAUUCCUGUGUAUUAGACCGAAAGGCGGACGACAUUACGGCGUUCAGCAACGCUUUAGGCCUUGUUUGGACACACCUGGGCUCUGCUUGUGUCAACUUUGCCGGCUACCUAUCUGCAUUUGAGGAGGAUAAUUGUCAAGUAGAUGCGACUCCUUUGUCGGGUCUACCCACCUAUCCAUGGGAUCACAAGCAGAUCAUGUACCGGGAAUCCAGACUCAACAAACAGGUCAGACACCGAGCGGCCCGGCCUCAGGAGCUGCUUGGUAGCAGAACUCCGGAUGACACAGAUUGUGAGCCGAGAUGGCGGAACAUCCUUAAGACGGAUGAGAUGCCAUGGUUACGCGACCAUUGCAUCCAGAAUCAGAUCAUUGUGCCGGCAGCUACAUAUUGCGUUAUAGCCCUGGAGGCUGCUAGGACCCUGGACAGAGGAAAGCAAGUGGAAAGCAUAGAGCUUUUGAACGUGGCCAUCCUCCGACCAAUUGUCUUAGAUGAGUCUUCUGACGGAACGGAGACUUUGUUCUCUCUGCGCAGUGAUAUCGACUCUAUCAAGGGCAAGACUGAGUGUAUCCGAGCGGAGUUCAGUCUCAGCGCGGGUACAGUGGAGGAUGGACAAAUGAGGACAGCUGCCACUGGAGAAAUACGUAUUUCCCUCGCCAGCGAAGAUUCUAACUCCGUGGGCUUGUUUCCUAUCAGAUCCCACAAACCACAGCAUGAGCUGUUGUCCGUCAACGUGAACCAGUUCUAUGAAUCCCUCAGUCGAGUUGGCUUGGGUUACAGCGGGCCGUUCAGGGCCAUAACCUCUAUGGAGAGACGGAUGGACAUGGCAUCCGCUGUCAUCGCGAUCGAUGAGGAACUGGGAAGGUCAACUCCGAUCCACCCGACUUGGCUUGACGCAUGCUUCCAGACGUUCCUUGCAGCAUAUGCCGCUCCUCGAGAUGGUGGGUUAUGGACAGCGUUCAUGCCUACUACAAUCGGCCGCAUGACCUUUUCUCCGACGCCAAACAUCACAGGCUCGGUGACCGUCGACGCGCGCCUUACCGAAUUUACACUAGGGUUCCAAGCAACCUUGCCAACCAUUAAUGGCGAUAUGAGUAUCUACAACUCUAAGACCGGCCAGUUAGAAGUGCGCAUCGAAGAUUUUACAAUGAGCUCUUUUCUUCCCGCUGGUGACAAGGACGAUAGAGUAUUGUACUUGAAGACGGUGUGGCAGCAAGACAUCCUCUCGGGGGCUGCCUUCGAAGCGGAGGAGCAGAAUCCUCCUCCCCGUGAGAUGAAGCUCAUUGAUGCCUGUGAAAAAACGAUUCACUAUUACCUAUCGGAACUUAGUAUGGACAUGUCCUUCUACGACCUGGCCGACAAGAUCCCAGGUUUAAUGUGUUUGAUUGAGAAGGCAGCAGCCCGUGAUGCGAGCGAGCCAACGCAAUCUGAGCUGGUUUCCAUCAUGGAAGAUUUUGGGAAGCACAUAGAUAUGCUGCUUAUUAAGGUAAUCGGCGAGAGGCUCUUGAACAAUUCCCCGGUCGGCACGGAAGCACCGGCAUCGCUGAGUGAGCUUGUCUCCCGUUGGCACAAUGAAGGGAUAGGCUUCGCCCAAGUUCACAAGCAUAUGUUGAGCGCAGCGAAACAAAUUUCUCACCGGUACCCACGUCUAAGAAUUCUCCAAGUCGGACCAUCUUCAGCCAACCUUGUACGGUCUGUAUGUCAAGAACUUGGACAGGCUUUGGAUUCAUAUACUAUUGUGGAUGGGUCCGCGGACGCUAUCGGGGAGGUCAAGGCAUACUUAUCUGCGGAUAAUCUGAGAGUUGAAUUCAAAACCUUCGACGUUGAAAACGGAAUCGAAGAGUCAGACACUAUCUCUCCCGGCUCUUUCGACUUGAUUAUUGCUCACAAGGCCUUCACCAAACAGAGAACGGCGCUGACAACGAUGCGAAGCCUGCUUACACCAGGAGGCUUUCUCCUGAUGAUGACUGCAACUGGAGACCAGCUUCGUUUUCCCUUCUUCUUGUUGUCGGCUCCACCCCCAGUGCCCGAGGAAGACGGAUCCUUCGAUCCUCAAUUAACGAAUGCUAACCGCGAGGAAACACACAGCGUCCUCCAGAAUGCUGGGUUUUCCGGGGUAGACUCCAUGGCACUCGACAACGUUCCAGAGAAGCACACAUUCUCUGUCAUCUUGUCGCAGGCAGUAGAUGAUCGCAUUAGGUUCUUGAGAUCUCCACUUGCAUCAGCAUCAAACAUCGCUAUGAGUGGAAAACUCCUUAUGUUGGGUGGUUCCUCACCCAAGGUCGCCAAUCUCAUCCAAGAUAUUCAGACCAAGCUAUUGCCCGUCUGGGAUGGAGAGAUUAUUGCUGUCGAGUCUCUUGCGGACGUGAACGAUCAACUAAUUGACAAUCCUGAAACUGUUCUUAGUCUGACAGAACUGGACCGCCCCGUGCUCGAGCAGAUUAGCACUGCUACAUUUGCAAAACUACAGCUGCUGCUGGAAAGAUCCAAAAGGGUUCUUUGGGUUACUCAAGGUGCAAGAUGUGAAAGCCCCUACCAAAAUGGCACGAUUGGACUUGGGCGAACGUUCCAGGCUGAGAACCCGCAUAAGCUUUUACAAUUCCUUGACUUGGUUACCCUUGACGAUGAUACGACCUUAAUUGCAGAGAGCUUGCUUCGACUUGUUGAAGGCGCUUCCAUCAAAGAUAGUUCAAAAAGUCCCCUUUUGUGGAAUAUUGAACCGGAGCUCGCGGCUGAGAAAGGCAAACUCUUGAUUCCCAGGCUUCUGCCUGAUAGGGAGCGCAACGACCGUAUCAAUGCUCUCAAGCGCAAAGUGGAAUCCCAAGCUCUUGUUGGGGCGCAGCCUGUCACUCUUGUUCGCUCGCUCCACAAUGCUAAUGAAAUUGUGUAUUCGGCUGGAGAAGGACUUCACCACCAUCCAAACCUCAUUGAGCUUUCUACAGGCUCGGAGUUGAUAUCAUUGAGAGUGGAGUAUUGUUCUGUGGAGCCUGUCUUGCCCAACUACCACGAGAAAGAGCUCUUCUGCUGUGUUGGUCGCACACAAGAGGGAAAGCGAUUCUUGGCACUGUCGGACUCCAACUCUUCCAUCAUUACAGUGCCCCGUAUUUUGGCCAUUCAACUUGAUGGCGAAGACGUUGACGAGGCAACAACUCUCUCAGUAUUCAUUAGCCUGCUGAGUGAGGUUAGGUCGCGUGUUAUCGAAAGGUCGAUGCCCUCUGGAUACACUACGCUGCUCUACGAAUCUGGCCGGCCUCUUGCGACCGCUCUCAACAGGCGUAAGGGUAUCACCGAUAAAUGCUUCGCGUUCAUCGACUACCAGACGGAGUCGACUUGUGCUAGCCGUGCCAGUAACCACAUCGAGGUUGGACCUCAUACCUCAAGGAAGGAAUUACAAUCAAUGAUACCCCCCAAAACGAGGGUUCUCAUUCACCUGGGACUUAACACUAACACACGCAAGCUUUCCGCUAUCAAACAGGUUCUCCCCACUAACACUGCCGUGGUCUCUUUCAGCGAUCUUGAUUCUGAUGGCCUUGCUCCACAUGAAGUACUCCUUGAAGCUCUGGCUGAUGUGAAAAGUCUUCCCUUGUCACCCGUGGGGGGGUUGGAAAGUAAUAGCGUUGUCAAGGCCUCUGCUUUGGUCACAGAUGGGACCAAGAAACAUGUCAUUGUCGCUGACUGGACAGGUGACCAGAUGAUUACAGUGACGCAAAGGCCCAUUGAGCAUAGCAGUCUGUUUUCUCAGGAUAAGACCUAUGUUCUGGUAGGUCUUAGUGGGCAGAUAGGUCAGUCCAUGUGCCGCUGGAUGGUUUUCAAUGGUGCGCGGCAUAUUGUCGUUACGAGCCGAAAUCCUGAUAAGAAAGCGCUUUGGAAAGAUGAGUUACAGAAGCAAGGUGCCAACAUUGCCAUCGAGGCAGCAGAUGUUACCAACAAGCAACAGCUCGUGGAGCUCCGCGCUCGCAUUCUUGAAAAUAUGCCACCUAUUGGUGGUGUUGCCAAUGGUGCAAUGGUGUUAUCUGAUAAGCUGUUUGCUGACAUGUCUUACGACAGCUUCCAAAAGGUUCUGAAGCCCAAGGUCGACGGCUCCAUGAAUCUGGACGAAGUUUUCGCUAAUGACGACCUUGACUUCUUCAUCUUAUUCUCGUCGAUUUCCGCUGUGACUGGGCAGCGAAGCCAAGCCAACUAUGCUGCUGCAAAUAACUUUAUGGCCGGUUUGGCUUCCCAAAGGCGUGCCCGGAACCUUGUAGCAUCAGUGAUUGACAUCGGAAUGGACAUCGGCAUUGGUGUUAUUCAAAGGACGAAAGAUGGUGAUGGAAUUAGCGCAAUGGAGACUACUCUGCGAAAGCUGGACUACAUGCCCGUUUCAGAGCGCGAUCUCCACCAUCUUCUGGCUGAAGCGAUCCUUGUCGGUAGUAGCGACGAGUCUCCGGAGAUCGUAACGGGAUUAGAGACUUACAAUAUUAACUCCGAAAACAGCCCGUUCUGGCAUGAGAACCUGCGCUUCUCACACCUCCUUGCAUAUGCUGGUUCGUCCCAAACAGGUCAGGGUUCUGGAAACAAUGUUCAGAAGACUUGGAAGGAAAAGCUCGCGGAUGCCCGUGGGCCAGAUGAUGCGCUCCAGAUCAUGGAAGAGGCCAUUCUGACGUACCUGGCAUCCUCGCUCAAGUUGUCUAUUGGGAAUAUCUAUACAGAUGCUCCGAUCAUUGAUCUCGGUAUUGACUCUUUGGUGGCUGUGGAAAUUCGCAAUUGGGUAUUCGCAGAGAUUGGUCAUGAUGUCCCGGUCUUAAAGAUCCUGGGAGGUUCCUCCGUCAAGCAGAUUUGCACUGAGGUGGUUGAAAGCCUGUCUCUCAAAGAGAAACAGGGCGAGGCUUCAGAGGUUAAAUCCCAAAGUGCUCCAGCUCCGGUCUUUCGCGACUGGGCUAAACAUUCCGCAGAAAAGAAGGCACCGGAAGUAGUAUCCGAAGAAUCCAAGGACGUAUCAUCCAACAUUUCACCGGCAGAUGAUAUUUCGGAGUCAAUUGCAUCUUCGGAGCGAAUGGCUCAUUCAGACUCUGUUAGUGACGAUCAGCUUACCUUGCCAUCAGCCUCCGUUGUUGCCCUGGACAUUGUGGACGAGAAACCCCCUCGCCCGGUUACCCUUCGCACAAGGUCACUGUCUUUGGGCCAAUCACGACUGUACUUCUUAUCUCAGUACCUGGAUGAUGACACUGUCUUGAACUGUACCGUAUCUUACGCACUUUCAGGCAGGCUCGAUAUGCCCAAGUUAGAAAAGUCCCUGGAGGCAGUGACACAACGCCAUGAAACCCUCCGUACCAUUUUCUAUACCAUUGAGGAAGAUGGCCAACCCGUACAAGGCGUUAUCGGUAAAUCAUCAUUUAAACUGAAAGUGACUCCAGGUAUUACUGGCCCGGCAGAUGUCAAGAGGGAGUUUGACCAAACUCACAAAUAUCACUACAACCUCGAGACAGGGAAUACCUUCAUCGCUACAAUCCUGUCACACAGUUAUGAUUCUCAUACCAUUAUCUUUGGAUACCACCACAUUAUCAUGGACGGUGUCAGUUGGCAGGUAUUCCAGCAGGAUUUGGCGAAGUUCUAUAACGACCCGAACUCACCAAAGCCACUGCCAACUCAGUAUAUUGACUUCGCUAUAAAGCAGCAACAGGACAUGUUCAACGGAGCCUAUGCUGAAAGACUCAAGUUUUUCCAAGACGAGUUCUCUACACCGGUUGACCCAUUUCCGCUCUUCCCCUUUGCUAAAGUCAGCACACGCAAAUCAUUGAGACAGUACGCAGUUAGAGAUGUUGUCACGUACGUCAAUGCUGACGUUAUGAACGCACUGAAGAAGGCCAACCAAGCCUCUCGGACUACAUCCUUCCAUUUCUUCCUCGCAGCGUUCCAAGUUCUGCUUCACCGGCUGCUGGGCACUGAACAGAUGUGUAUUGGCAUGGUAGAUGCAAACCGUUCUGAUCAGACCUUCAGAGACAGCAUAGGUUUCUUCUUAGAAACUAUCCCUGUUUUGCUUCGAGUCGAUAGCGAGCAGAAGUUUAGCGAGGUGCUUCAGACCACCCGAACCAAGACAUAUUCGGCGCUUGCGAAGACCGGUGUCCCGACCGAGGAGAUUCUUCGUGCUUGUAACAUCCCGGCGUCAACAACUGAGACGCCGCUCUUCCAGGUGGUCUUUAACUACCGCAUGGGGGCCAGUCGAACCUCUCCUAUGCAUGGGUUAGAUAUGAAGUUUCUGGAUUACGCUGACGCUAAGAACCCCUUCGACCUUGUGGUGUCCGUUGAUGAGUUGGACGACGGCACUGCCAUGCUUACAUUCUCCCUACAGGACUACCUGUAUGACCAGGAGGGUGCAGAAUUGCUUACCAACGCAUACGUUCACUUGCUCGAUAUUCUGUCUGAAGACAUCAAUCGCUCAGUUGGUAGCGUCCCUAUGUUUCCCACAAAUCUGACGAAGAAGGCUAUCGCGCUUGGCACCGGCCCCCAGGUGGAACUUACUCCCCGACCUGCUGGCACUCUCUCGCAGAUUAUCAGUACCUGGGUAGACAAAAGCCCUGGAGGUAUAGCGGUUAAGGAUAUCAAUGGGAGUAUAACAACGUAUUCGCAGUUGUCAGACAGGGCAAACGCUAUCUCGGCCGCGUUAUUUACCGUCGGAGCAGCCUUCUCGAGGCCUAUCUGCGUGUUCCUCGACCCGGGGGUAGACACAAUUGCCGCUAUACUCGGUAUCCUCUGCAUUGGCGCAGCCUACGUGCCCCUUGAUGUCCGCAGUACUGAUGAAAGACUGGCCGAUAUUCUGAAAGAGUCCAAUUCAACAAUUGUACUCUACCAUGCGGCUACUGCGGAACGGGCCAGGGAGCUUCACAGGAUUUGUGGCACAGUCGAGCCGAUCAGCUUCAUUACUCUCGAGGAAGUGCCUCAAAAUGUACAGGAGAGAGUUCAGGAUUCAUCGACUGUGGACGGCCUUGCAAUGAUUCUUUAUACUAGUGGUUCGACAGGAAGGCCUAAGGGGAUCCCACUCACCAACGGCAACAUCCAGACCACUAUCCUCGGUGUCUCCGACCGGGUCCCAUUGGGCCGAGAUGUCGUGCUGCAACAGAGCGGACAAGGCUUUGAUGCAGCUAUUUAUCAAAUUUUCAUUGCUUUGGCUAACGGCGGUACAUUGAUCAUGUGUGAUAACCGCCGUGACCCCGCAGAAUUGGCUGCUCUGAUGGUACAUGAGGGUGUCACUUGCAGCGUAUUCAUUGUCUCAGAGAUGCAAUCCAUGCUGCAGUACGGAUAUGAUCAGCUCCGUGCGUGCUCUAGAUGGCGCAUUGCUAUGGUUGCUGGGGAGGCUUUCACGACAAAUCUCCUCGAGCAGUUCCGCAGCCUUAACCGGAAUGAGCUGAGAAUUAUCAACGCAUACGGCCCGACUGAAGCAUCUAUUUGCUCUUCCAUGCAUGAUGUAUUUCCUAUUGGCAACACAAUCGAUUUCAACAUUCCUAUCGGUAAGGCUAUUGCCAAUUACGGAACGUACAUUGUCGAUGACCAGUGCAACCCUGUUCCCAUUGGAUGGCCUGGAGAAAUUGCGAUCAGUGGGCCAGGUGUCGCUAGUGGAUAUCUUGGUCUCCCUCAGCUUACUGAGAGCAAGUUCAAGGAUCAUGCCUUCAUCAACGGACCAUCAGGCUGGGAUAGGAUUUACCUCACCGGAGAUAAAGGCCGGAUGCUCUCGGACGGCUCUAUCGUGAUAUCCGGACGGAUAGAUGGAGAUGACCAGGUGAAGGUUAGAGGCAUGCGAGUCCAGCUGAACGAUGUCUCCCGAGCCAUUGUGCAAGCAUCCCGUGGCAGUCUUGUAGAUGCGGCCGUUCUAGUCCGAGAUGAUGAUAGCAGUAAGCAACAGCUUGUUGCCUACGUUGUGUUCUCUAGGAGAAGCCAAAUUCACGACCAGGGAAGCUAUCUGCGUCAACUCAGCCAGGAGCUUCCGAUACCACUGCACAUGCGUCCAGCAAUGAUGUUGCCCUUAGAUAUCCUGCCAGUUACAGAAAGAGGCAAGCUCGACAACCGCAAAUUGGCGACUUUGCCUUUGCCGCUGGCUUCUGUCGAGGAGGAGGUCAACAACCAACUGACAGAGGUGGAGGUUCGCUUGCGAGAAGUAUGGAGACGUGCCCUGGGUGAGACAUCUUUCUCUCUGCCUAUCCAUCGCAGCUCCGAUUUCUUCUCCGUUGGUGGUAAUUCCCUGCUUCUGCUACCUCUCAAGGCAGAGAUUCGCCGAGUAUUUGCAAUUGAUCUCUCCCUACCGGAACUUUUCCAAGCUAGUACUCUCGAACUGCUAGCCGCACGGCUCACGGGCAAUUUCCAGAAUUCGCAAAUCGACUGGGAAAAGGAAACUGGGGUGGAUGAGCAGAUGUUCGUAUUGCCCACUGAACAGAGGAACUCAACUCGCAGUGCUGAGGGCAUUUCUGUUCUUCUUACGGGAGCCACAGGCUUCUUGGGAACUGCUAUUCUACGCCAACUAGUUGAAUCUUCCGACGUCACCCGUAUUCAUUGCGCGGCCCUUCGCCCCAAUGACCAGGGCGAGCCUCGAGAACUGGGCGUCGACUCGCCAAAGGUCGUGCGCCACGCCGGCGAUCUCGCGCUCUCCGAUCUAGGAAUGACCCAAGCGGAAGUGGACGAUCUGUUCACUGAUGUCGAUGUCAUUAUUCAUAAUGGAGCCGAAGUAUCGCACAUGAAAAACUACCGCACCUUGCGAGCUACUAAUUUCCAAUCUACCGUUGAACUCUCCCGUUUGGCUAUACGCGGCCAAAUUCCGAUUCAUUACAUCUCUACGGGUGGUGUUACUAGCCUGAGUGGCGUCUCGAUGCAGCCUGAAUCAUCAUUGGCGGCCUUCCAUCCGCCGGCUGAUGGCUCAGACGGAUAUGUCGCGUCGAAGUGGGCGAGUGAAGUCUUCCUCGAGAAGCUUCAUAAGCAGUUCCACGGGCAAAUUUGGAUUCACCGCCCUAGCAGUAUUACUGGUGAGAAUGUGCCAGCCCUGGACAUUGUCCACAGUGUGCUACGGUACUCUAAAUUGAUGAAGGCCGUUCCCGAUCUUACGGGCUCCACGGGAGCGUUUGAUUUCAUUCAUGUUGACACUGUCUCGAAAGACAUUGCGAACUGCGCGGUAGCAAGCACCAAUAAGAAGCAGCGACAACCUGAAAACGUGCUCAACUACGUACACCAGAGUGGCGAGGGGGUUGUGCCGAUUGAUCAGUUGAAGGAAUACUUAGAAGGUUCUGCGGUUGGGUCGUUCAGUGUGUUGCCGCUGCAAGAGUGGGUUAGUAUGGCACUUGGAGAGGGCUUGAAUGAGGUUCUGGGCUCAUUCCUGCUAGCGUCCAAUGGUGUGAUUAGAGUGCCAUUGAUGGAGAAGAGCCGUCGAAAUGAGUGA